AUGCUCUUCAGACAAACGAACAUUACAUUUUUGCAGCAGACUCUGGGGCACAAUGCUUUUGGUCGGACUCCUCUUCGCCUGCUUUCACGGGACGCCAUGGUGUUGGCAUUAUUUUCUCUUCCGCUACGCCUUUUCAAGACAUCCGCGACCUCACGGCUGAUGUCUGCUCCUUCCCGCUCAUCAACCGAUGAGCUUUCGGAGCGUAGCGAAUAUUUUCGUACGCUUCCGACUGAGUUUUUGGAUACGGUUCCUGAUCGCGCUGUCCGGCACCUUGUGGUCGGGGAUUUUAACGUGACUUUGGACAGCUAUUUGGAUCAGAAGGUUCCCAGUCUCCAUCAUCUAGGAUCCGGGCGUGAGGAUCUCUGUGCUUGGAUGGACACGCUUGAUUUGAUGGAUUCGUGGCGCCAUAUGCACCCGGAUACCCGUGAUUUUACGAGUCCUACCCGCAAAAACCGCCUCGAUUGUUGCCUUCUUACUGCUGACUUCGUGCAGGAUCACCUAGUUGACGUCUGCCACGUGAGAGAUCGACAAUGGCAUACUGAAGAUCAUAUCCCAGUCGAGUUUAGACUCCAGGCGAGGCCGUAA